AUGACACCAGAAGUCUUGGCCAAGUUGACGGGAAAUCCAGAGAGAACCGGACGAUUGGAGCCAUCGGCCAGAACCAGAUUGGGAAGCAAAAGACUUGAAACCAAUUGGUUGGUUGAUUCCGAAUUAUCGUCAAGUUGCCCAAAGGCUCAACAAAGCCAUCGAACCCGUGCCUUCCUAAAACAUCGAUCGGAACGAUACGAAAAGAUAACCAACCUGGAAGCCCUGGUGCAAAGUUUGCGCCAAUGUAUCACGCGUACUAACAAAUUUCGACAAUUCAUUUCUCAUGACUUUCCCCACGUGCCUUGCCAGCCAGGACAACCGGGCCGUGUAUGGCUUCUGCACAUUCGAGGUUUCUUGCUAGGAUCUUCGUGA